AGAAAGCAUAGUGUAUGUUCUCUCGCAUUUAAAAAACCCUAUAGAAGUUAUACAUUGAGUUCCUAUUUCCUAACAUCACACCAAAACAUUGAACUUGGGAGAAGACUCAUAUCUGAAAGUCAAGGCAUAACUUUAACCAACCAAAAGUCAACAUAUUUCAAGAACCUAUAAAAAAAUGUACAUCAACAUUGUUUACAAAAAUCAUAGAAGUAAAACACAACAUAAUGUAUGUCACAAGGCGUUUAUCGGAAUACCGGAAGAACCCCUCGGAACUCAAGAAACCUCCACCGGAAGGUCCAAACUCCGGUGUACUUGUGAUUCAAGAUGAAGAGUCGUUGACCACUUGUUGCUUUGGUUUCUGCUACGAGAUUUUCCUCAGAGGAUUACCGUUUCCACAGAAUGCAGCGUUGACCGUGAGACGCGACGAUGGUGGACAGAACAAUACUGUUCAUCGUGAUCCUGUUGUGUUCAUACCUGUUCUUGGUCAACCUCUAUCUUCUAACCGUUAUUACACUUAUGAACGGUGCGGGUUCUAUUCAAGAGAAUCAUCUAAUAGUAAUGAAAGAGAGGUGGAGAGAGUCACAUGCUGCUUCUGCAUUAAAUUUAACCAUGUCCAUAGGUCUAAGAAACCACAACCAGAUCCUUAUGACAUUCACCAGCAAGUCGUGAUCACAACUAACUCAUCGUAUUCCCGUUGUUACUAUUACGCAAAGCCCGUUGCUCCUAAUGCUUUGCUACCUGUAUCCCUAAUGAGACAAGGCUGGACGAUAGAAAACUCGACUUCUACCCUACAAGACUUCAAUCUCAUAGAUGACGCAAAGGGUCUUAACGUAGAGCUUCGUUCUAAGCUUCCCGGUCUUGAUAUGAACGUUGUCGUAGGGAAAUGGUACGUCCCUUUCAUAUUUGUCAAGGAAGGAGACAUAGUAGAUCAAGUGAAGAUAUCAAUGUAUUACAACAUGACGCUUCAUCAAAGGUGGGAAGAGGUUUUUGUCUACGAGAAUGUUGACAAUGAUAAAGCCUGUGUUGAGGUUGUUGUUGAUGUUGAUCUUGAACUCCAAGUGACUAACGUUGAGGGACAAAAGAUUAAUAUAAAAACAACAAAAGUGGAUGCUAAAGGUAUAGUUUGGUUCCAUGUUAAAGAUCAAGAAGGACAAGACAAGAAGAUAGAUUUUUUCAUAUCGAAGUUAUUUUUGUCAUUUAACAAUUCAGAUGCCAAAUGUGUUUUGAAAAUCUCAAUUAGGAAACGCUUGAAUUUUUUGGUUUGCAGAGAAUCAUCUAAUAGUAAUGAAAGAGAGGUGGAGAGAGUCACAUGCUGCUUCUGCAUUAAAUUUAACCAUGUCCAUAGGUCUAAGAAACCACAACCAGAUCCUUAUGACAUUCACCAGCAAGUCGUGAUCACAACUAACUCAUCGUAUUCCCGUUGUUACUAUUACGCAAAGCCCGUUGCUCCUAAUGCUUUGCUACCUGUAUCCCUAAUGAGACAAGGCUGGACGAUAGAAAACUCGACUUCUACCCUACAAGACUUCAAUCUCAUAGAUGACGCAAAGGGUCUUAACGUAGAGCUUCGUUCUAAGCUUCCCGGUCUUGAUAUGAACGUUGUCGUAGGGAAAUGGUACGUCCCUUUCAUAUUUGUCAAGGAAGGAGACAUAGUAGAUCAAGUGAAGAUAUCAAUGUAUUACAACAUGACGCUUCAUCAAAGGUGGGAAGAGGUUUUUGUCUACGAGAAUGUUGACAAUGAUAAAGCCUGUGUUGAGGUUGUUGUUGAUGUUGAUCUUGAACUCCAAGUGACUAACGUUGAGGGACAAAAGAUUAAUAUAAAAACAACAAAAGUGGAUGCUAAAGGUAUAGUUUGGUUCCAUGUUAAAGAUCAAGAAGGACAAGACAAGAAGAUAGGUCUAAGGUCUGUGGUUGUAGAGAGGAUGGAAAGCGAAGAGAAGAGUUUCGGGUGGAAGAAGAUAGACGGAAACAGAGUGAAGGUGAAGAGAGUUGAUCGGUUCGAAGGCGGUGGUUCAUCGCAAUGGAAGAGUUAUAAAUGUUAUGUAUUGGUUGAGAGAUUUGAAUUGAAGAGAAUGGAUGGGACUUCGGUAUUGACAUAUGAGUUUAGACAUGCUGAUAAGUUGAGGACUAUUCAAUAUUGAUUUUUUUUUUUUUUUCUUUUCUUUCUGAAACGUUGACUUGAGUUUCUCUUUCUAUUUUUUUUUACGCUUAUUUUAUUUUAUUUUUUACGCUGAAUUGAUGACCUGUAAUUGUAAAAUUGUAACAAAGUGUAAGCUCUAUUUAAAUGAAUAUAUAAAAUUGA